AUGGAUGGUACCAUCAUUACGGUCGACGCAAGCAACUCUAAGAUCCAUCCAGAUUGGUGUCCUGGAGUGGCAAAUCCAACUCCUACAAAUUGCCAAGGAAGAUUCGGAAUUGAUGUGGAUCUUGCAGUUUUGAAGCUCGACACCUUUAGCUCCAAUGAUGUUGUUUGCCUGAAUGAAGACAACAGUAUCCCCAUACUCGGAGGAACAGCUGAAGCCAUGGGGUUUGGGCUUACAGAAUCAGGCGAUCCCACAACUUUCCAAGGGGCUACAUUGCCAGUAUCAGGCUGUCGUCCUGGAGAUUCCUCCUGGUACUUUUGUACCGAUGCCACACCAGCUGCUACCUCCCCAAACACUUGCCCAGGGGAUUCUGGCGGGCCCACGAAUGUGCCAAAUUGUAAUACUCAACUAGGAGUGGUCUCAUUUGGUAUUGGUCCCAACGGCACGCCGCAACAAGUAUGUUUAUCGUCGACACUGUCCGGGUACCAGCGGGUGGAUACACACAUCGCCUGGAUUGAGGCACAAAUUUGCGCUCUGUCAGCGAGCCCGCCUGCUGGCUGCCCCUAA